AGCCCAAUGUAGUGCGCACUUGAACACGGAGACAGGCCAUAAAUAUGCACCCGUGUCCUUACAAUACAUGAAUUCUAACGGGAUGGAAGCCUUAACCUUUUCUGCAUAUAACUUCGGCGGCUAUCCAGGCUAUUUCCCCUUUUACCAUGGAAACACUAAAUUCAAACCCCAAAGCUGGAAUAAAAAGGGCGGCUUUGGGGUCAUGCCCGAGAUUCCCGACUACUUCGAAAUCUACAAACGUGCUCAGUUAAAAGCGAUCUUGUCUCAGGUGAACCCGAAUUUAACUCCGCGGCUGCGCAAAGCUAACACCAGGGAGUUUGGGGUUCAGGUGAAUCCGAAAGUGAACGCCACGGUGCAGUGCUCUCUCGGACCGAAAACGCUGUUCUACCGCGAGGAGCCCUGGGACUCUCCGAAAACCAGCAGUCCGCUGACCCCCGGUCUCCCCGGCACUCCGGUGAACAACGUGCGCUUCUCCCGUCCCGUUGCAAUUUACUCGCCGGUGUUUGACCGCAGGUUUUUUUCACUGCCAUCCCGCGCCGAUGAACCGGACGGUGAUACAAAGUCGGCCAGCUCCGAGGAAGAAAACCGGCAGGAAGUAGUGGAUAAGCGCGACCCUGAGACUGAAACUGUGCGGGGGAAAGCGCGUCAGUGUCCUGCUAUCCAGAAUCGCUCACCCACAAAGUUUAAUUUUCAGUUUCUGGAGCAGAAAUAUGGCUAUUACCACUGCGGCAAGUGCAACAUUCGCUGGGAGAGCGCGUACGUCUGGUGCAUCUCUGGAACUUGCAAGGUGUACUUCAAGCAGCACUGCAGAAAAUGCCAGUCUGGGCUGAACCCUUAUAGAGUGGAAUCGAUUCAGUGUCAGGUGUGUGCACGGACACGCUGCUGCUGUGAUCGGAAGCAGAGGCACAUUGACGUUCGGCGUCCUCACCGCCAGGACCUGUGUGGCCGUUGCAAGGGCAAAAGGCUGUCCUGUGACACCACCUACAGCUUUAAAUACAUUGUCUGACUCUAACUUAACUUUUUUUUUAUAAUAUUGAUGGCAAUUAAUUGACUUGUAUUGUAUGUGUAUUAAACUUAAUAAAAGGUACUGCAGCAUUA